UGGCGUUUCUCCUUCUGUUUCCGCUUGCUGGCUCAUUCCGGAAGCUGUCUUUGGAAUAUUUUUGUUCACUCAAAUUGACACUUUCAAGUGCGAGUUUUUGUUUUGCGUGUGUUCUUCCUUAAAAACAGCCCUGGACCAUGAUUCGCGCCUCCCUAGUGGCCAGAUCUCAGCUUAGAAUGUUCCGGAAUGUGGCUAAUGUCAGGGAUUGCACCAAGUUGCAUUGCAAGAUACCAGCUAUGGUUCCGUCCCACACUUGCUACAAAUCCUUUGGAGCAUCAGGAGGAGACAAGCCGAAGAAUACGCCACCCGGAUUUAACACCUCCGAUGUGAGUGGCUUCAGUGAGCCCGCUAGCCCCGCUCUGAAACCCAUGCAAUCCACCAUUUUGGGGAGCGGCCGCUCUUUUGGUAAGGACGAGGAGGGUAACACACUGAAGGGGCUUGCGUCCACGGAUGAAAAGGCUCCAAAUGUAUUCGGAGCGGUUGUAACAGGGUCCGGAAAGAUAGAUGGAUCUGAGCCCCUGGAAGAGACCACACUUCGCAGCAAGCCGUGUCAUGAGUCUGGAUCAGGAGCAGGAGCAGGAUCAGGGUCGUCGAAGGACGGUGAUAAAAGUGAUGCCCAAAAGAAGGCUUCCGCCGCCAAGGACGCGGCCGCCAAGCAAUUGUCUGAGAUCGUGGCCAACUUGCCCAGCAAGCAGCAGACCGAGAAGUACUUCUUUCGCGUGGUGGCCUUCCUAUACGACCUAACAUAUCUCACCGGUACUUGGGUCUUGCACUUCGUCGAACAAAAUAUUAUACGAAACCAAUCGGUCCAGCACUACUGGAAGCGAUUCCACGAGAAAAUGGAACAGGCCAAAAAGGAUUGAUUUUUUAUUCCAGCGAUGUACUUUUAAUGUAAAAUGCAAGACAUUGCAACUACGAAAAGAAAUCCAAUAAACUCGCUGACGAA